AGUCUGCAUAACAUGGCUGCUAUGCAACUGUGCUCUAGAUAUUUUGCAACACUAAAGACUUUGCUUAUUAUCACCAUGUACUUUGCAUUGAAGCAGAUGAGAGCAGCAGGGAUAUAGCAUUGCAUGUGCCUCCCAGCCUGUCCACACAUACCGCAUGCUACUGAAUUUACAUCAGCACAGCUCCUCUGCCUCCUAGUUUGUAGCUUCAGAUGCACUUCCCUGCUCCCCCUGACAGCUGCAAAAGGGAGAAGAGAGAAUUUUUAGCAAGUAAGGCAAUUUGGAGUGACAUGCAAAGGAUCCCUCCCCCUACCAAGGCACUGAUUAACCAGGAGAUGCAAUGGGCUCUAUGCAAGAACCCUGAGGAUCUGGAUUGGGGAACAGCACCAAAAAGAGCAUCUGCCAAAAUAGCAUUGCAGAAGGGGAAUUUGAUCCUGUUUGUGAAGAGGUUUACUCAUUUAUAAGGUUUCCAGCAAAAUAUAUGUAUGGCUCGGUUAAAGUUACAGCCCCUUUCAUCCUCAUUUCUCCACUUUGGACUUGCAACUUUUGUCCUGUUCCUUCAGAGUUUGCAUGUCAAUGCAACAGCCACCACUGGUCACCCGCCAAGUGCUGGAAAAAACAACUCCUGCUCAGGUACCUUUGACUGUAAGGAAGGGGUUAUUUUGCCAAUAUGGUAUCCAGAGAACCCAUCGCUUGGGGAUAAAAUCGCCAGAGUCAUUGUUUACUUUGUGGCAAUGAUCUACAUGUUCCUUGGUGUGUCCAUCAUUGCUGAUCGAUUUAUGGCAUCCAUAGAGGUCAUAACAUCACAAGAAAGAGAGAUCACCAUAAAAAAGCCAAAUGGAGAGACCUCUACAACUACAAUUCGUGUCUGGAAUGAGACUGUCUCAAACUUAACUUUGAUGGCACUUGGCUCAUCUGCACCCGAAAUCCUCUUGUCUCUAAUUGAAGUAUGUGGCCAUGGGUUUGUUGCUGGAGACCUUGGCCCCUCAACCAUUGUUGGCAGCGCAGCUUUUAACAUGUUUAUCAUCAUUGCCAUCUGCGUCUAUGUCAUACCUGAUGGGGAAGUGAGAAAAGUUAAGCACCUUAGAGUUUUCUUUGUCACUGCCGCUUGGAGCAUCUUUGCAUAUAUUUGGCUCUACAUGAUACUUGCCGUGUUCUCUCCAGGAGUGGUCCAAGUCUGGGAAGGUUUGCUUACCUUGUUCUUUUUUCCUGUUUGUGUUGUCCUUGCUUGGGUGGCAGAUCGACGUCUUCUUUUCUACAAAUAUAUGCACAAAAAGUAUCGCACUGACAAACACAGGGCAAUUAUGAUUGAGACAGAAGCAGAGCAUCCUAAAGGCAUAGAAAUGGACGGCAAAAUGAUGAAUUCUCAUUUUUUGGAUGGAAAUCUGUUGAACAUGGAUGGCAAAGAAGUUGAUGAAUCACGCAGAGAUAUGAUAAGAAUUCUGAAAGAUUUAAAACAAAAACACCCUGAGAAAGACUUGGACCAGUUGGUGGAAAUGGCAAACUAUUAUGCUUUGUCUCACCAGCAGAAGAGCAGAGCAUUUUACCGUAUACAAGCCACAAGAAUGAUGACAGGCGCUGGCAAUAUUCUGAAAAAACAUGCUGCUGAACAGUCGAAAAGGAGCUCCAGCAGACCAGAUUUAUGCCUUGAAGAUUCUGAAGAGUUUGUAUCAAAGAUUUCCUUUGACCCCUGUUCCUAUCAGUGUCUUGAAAACUGUGGUGCUGUCUUGUUAACAGUGGUAAGAAAAGGUGGUGACAUAUCAAAAACGGUUUAUGUGGACUAUAAAACAGAAGAUGGUUCUGCCAAUGCUGGUGCUGAUUAUGAGUUCACAGAAGGAACUUUGGUAUUCAAGCCUGGAGAAACACAGAAGGAUUUCUCAGUUGGGAUUAUAGAUGAUGACAUAUUUGAAGAAGAUGAGCAUUUCUUUGUGAGGCUUAGUAAUGUCCGAGUGGCUGAAACUCAAGAACUUGUGGAGCUCAAUAGCUUUAGCUAUCCAAAAGCAGCCUUGUGCCCACCUUGCGUUGCAUCGGUAACCAUCCUGGAUGAUGACCAUGCUGGCAUUUUUACAUUUGAGUGUGACAUUAUACGUGUGAGUGAAAGCAUUGGUGUCAUGGAGGUUAAAGUUCUUAGGACAUCUGGUGCCCGAGGAACCGUCAUAGUCCCUUUUAGGACAAUUGAAGGAACUGCAAAAGGCGGUGGUGAGGAUUUUGAAGAUGCAUACGGAGAACUGGAGUUUAAGAACGAUGAAACUGUCAAAACAAUUCACAUCAAAAUAAUUGAUGACGAGGAGUAUGAGAAAAACAAGAAUUUCUUCAUUGGACUGAGAGCGCCACACCUUGUGGACAUGAGUGUGCAGAAAGCUCUACUAUUGAAUCAAGCUGUAGAACUAUCAGAAAGGAAGCCUUCCGUUGAGGAGGAAGAAGCAAAGCGCAUCGCAGAGAUGGGGAAGCCAGUUCUCGGAGAACACCCAAAGCUGGAAGUGAUCAUUGAAGAAUCUUAUGAGUUCAAGAGCACCGUGGACAAGUUGAUUAAGAAGACUAACCUUGCUUUGGUGGUGGGUACUCAUUCUUGGAGGGACCAGUUUAUGGAAGCUAUCACAGUCAGUGCUGCUGGAGAUGAAGAUGAAGAUGAGUCUGGAGAAGAACGUCUCCCCUCUUGUUUUGACUACGUUAUGCACUUCCUGACAGUGUUUUGGAAGGUCCUCUUUGCCUGUGUUCCACCAACAGAGUAUAUGAACGGGUGGGCGUGCUUUGUUGUGUCAAUCGCUAUCAUUGGGAUACUCACAGCCAUUAUUGGAGAUCUUGCUUCCCACUUUGGCUGUACCAUUGGCUUAAAGGACUCCGUAACUGCUGUCAUUUUUGUGGCCUUCGGCACGUCGGUGCCUGAUACAUUUGCAAGUAAAGUAGCUGCCACCCAGGACGUAUAUGCAGAUGCUUCAAUUGGCAACGUGACUGGCAGCAAUGCUGUUAAUGUGUUCCUAGGUAUUGGUCUUGCGUGGUCUGUGGCUGCCAUCUACUGGGCCUACAAGGGACAGGAGUUCCAUGUUUCAGCUGGAACCUUAGCAUUUUCUGUCACCCUCUUCACCAUCUUUGCUUUUGUCUGCAUCAGCGUCUUGCUGUAUAGGAGGCGACCUCAUAUUGGUGGGGAGCUAGGUGGGCCCAAGGGGUGUAGACUUGCCACAACUUUGCUCUUUGUGACCCUGUGGUUACUUUACAUCUUGUUUGCAACUCUGGAAGCCUAUUGUUACAUCAAGGGAUUCUAAGCUAAGCCAAGCAAAGCCAGCAACAAGCCCGCUGCCCUUUACCCAGCGGCAGACUCCAUAUACGGAGGGUCUACAUAGCAGAAAGGAUACCAGCCAAUGAAGCAGCAUCUCUAGGACUGCGGGAUAUUCCAAGACAACACAAUCCAAAGGACAGCCACAUUGGUAUCGCUGGUCGAAGUGCAUUUAUAAGUAUAACAGUGGAACUCUGACUACAGAAGACCUCUGUUAAACAAAAAGUUACAGCCAGUUACUUCAAGACGUAGCAGAACAGGGAUUACUCAUGAAAUACCAGUCACUUUUUUUAAACAAAAUAACACGU